ACACGAUGAUGUAACGGCAGAGGUUGUACUUGAAUAGAUUUAUUUACAAGAUGCCACUCUAAACAGGUUCAGACGCUUCAAGAGCCACGGUGCCAACUCGUUCCUUCCCCCCCCCUCUUCCACUCAUCUUCCUCGGCCAGCUAUGGGCAACACACCCUCCACUUCAGUCUUCGAGGCCUGCGUGCGCUCUGCCCUCCCAGGAAGCGCCAUUUCUGUUCCAACCGACCUAUUCUACGACUUGAACGCGGUCAAAGCUUACAACAAGGCUUACGAUAUUACCCCGGUCGCCGUUGUAAGGCCCAGUACGACCGACGAGGUUUCGAAGGCGGUCAAAUGUGCAACAGACAACGCUGUCAAGGUCCAGGCAAGAAGCGGUGGUCACAGCUACGGGGACUAUUCGAUUGGUGGAGUGAGUGGAGCUUUGGUGGUUGACAUGGUUAAUUUCCAGCAGUUUUCCAUGGACGAAGCGACGGGUCAUGCCAUAAUUGGGUCUGGAACACUGCUAGAAGAUGUUACAACACGAUUGCACAAUGCCGGUGGACGCGCUAUGGCUCAUGGAACUUGCCCUCAGGUCGGAAUCGGUGGACACGCGACAAUCGGUGGUUUAGGCCCAGUUUCACGUUUAUGGGGUUCUGCGUUGGAUCACAUCAUUGAAGCCGAAGUCGUGCUAGCAAACGGAACGGUGGUGCGCACGAAUCAGGACACCCAUCCAGAGGUUCUCUUUGCCGUGAAGGGUGCAGGAGCCUCUUUUGGCGUUGUCACCGAAUUCAAGGUGAUCACCCAUCCUGAACCAACAGAGAUGACCAAAUACUCCUACACGAUCGCGCUCGGUUCCCACAAGAACAUGGCAAACACAUUCGCUGCAUGGCAGAACAUCAUCUCCCAACCAGACUUGACGCGAAAACUCGCGUCUCAACUUAUCGUAUUCGAAUGGGGAAUGGUCAUUGAGGGGACCUAUUUCGGCCCCCAGUCUGAAUUCGAUGCGCUCAAGUUCGACGAGCAGCUUGGCAAGAACGCCACGAGUAAAUCGGUGACCCUCGACAACUGGAUGGGGACUGUUGCGAAUUGGGCCGAGACAGAGGCACUUGCACUGUUGGGUGGUGUUUCCGCACCGUUCUACUCGAAGAGCUUGGCGUUUCGGAACGAUACGUUGAUUCCUUCCAACGCGAUCCAGUCACUGUUUGAGCUGUUUGAUUCGUCGAAUAAGGGUACUGCCCUCUGGUUCGCGAUCUUCGAUCUUGAAGGUGGUGCUACCAACGAUAUUGCCAUGGACGCUACUGCAUACGCCCACCGUGAUGCUUUGUUCUAUAUCCAAACCUAUGCUGUCGGACUUUUGGGAGUAGAAGACCGAACGAGACAAUACCUCAACGACAUCAACAACCUUAUCGAGUCUUCUAUACCCAAUGCUAAAUUGGGUGCCUACGCGGGAUAUGUCGACCCGUAUUUGAAAGAUGGACAGCAGCAGUAUUGGGGUAGCAAUUAUCCGAGGUUGCAACAAAUCAAGAAGGAGUUGGAUCCGAAGGAUACGUUCCAUAACCCGCAGAGUGUUGUUGCGGCUUGAUUUUUUGGUCGCCUUUUUUAUGCAUAUCUACAUUGUACAUAGUUGCAACGUUUCUACUUUUAUACCCAGGUAUGUAGCUUGUGUGUUAUGACCUUAACGUGUUUUUUAGUUCCAUUCGACUU